UAUGCUACCAAUGUUUUAGGAUAUUAUUUGUUUGCAAAGCGUUUUGGUUAGUCAAUGUCUCUAUCAAGCUAGCUAAGCAUGUAUCGUAUGGUUGUGGUUUGACGGCAUUUUGAUUGUUCAUGUGAUUUUGCCACGUUGGUAACACGUCAGAGCACGCGCGUUAGCUUAGCCAAUGAUGACAGAUACAAUGUUGCUAGUGUUUGCGUCAUGGUAAGACAUACAUGUAUAUUUGGCAUGUCUACUUUUAAAGGAAAAUACCACUCAAACGAUCUUUUAAUAUUUGUUUCAUUAGUUCACGGAUACAGUCCCAUGUUUUGCCGAUCAGCGGUCAAGUUUUCAAGAUGUAGAACUUUCCAAAUACAAUAUACUACAAGAACAAGAACAAUGUUUGAAGCAGGGACUUCAAUUAGAAGUAAAACCCAUCGCAAUUAUUGGGGACUGAUCUACAAGUAUAGAUAUUUAUAGAUAUUUAUCCCGGAACGCAAUGCUCCUUCAUAAUGUUGAGAAUGCCAGAACACGGAAGAAGCAUCAACAAAAAUGAUAAAAUCAGCAAUCCAAGGAAAGGGACAGAGGAAAACAUUGAAAUGCUGGACAAAUUACCUGAGAGACACACCUGUCUAGAAGUUGGUAGCACCCUAAAACCCACAGACUCAUGGACUAAUUUGGUUAAAUGUGGAGUAACCCCUAUUGUACAGGGUUCGCUGAUAGCUGCUUUUGGGGACAACAGGGUAGCCAACUGGCAGACUUCAGUAGGCAAAAAGCUGGUUGCGGCUGCUUUAAGUGAACGAUGGGAGGUGGACAGUGGGUUCUUUUCUGAGGCCAGCCCACCAGCUAGUGGACACCGUUCUUCCUGCCACAACAUGUGCCCGACCAAUGUGGUGGCUAUAGACUGUGAGAUGGUUGGCACUGGGCUAGGUGGGCACACUAGUGAAUUGGCACGCUGUAGCUUGGUGGAUUACCAUGGCAACGUCCUGUACGAUAAGUACAUCCGUCCGUGCCAGCCUGUGACCGACUACAGGACCCGUUGGAGUGGCAUCCAGAGGCACCAUUUACAGAACGCUCUGCCCUUCCCAGAGGCUAGGACCGAGAUACUACAAAUACUGGAGGGGAAAGUAGUGAUUGGCCACGCUCUGUAUAACGACUUCCAGGCCUUAGACUUGACACACCCAGGUCACAUGAUCAGGGACACCAGUGGCACGCGUCUGCUCAGACAACUGGCUGGCUUCUCCACAAAGCGCUGCGUCUCACUCAAGAUCCUGACAAACGGCCUCCUAAACAGGAAAAUACAGGUUGGAAGAAAGGGCCACAGUUCAGUGGAGGAUGCUCUGGCUUCUUUGGACCUGUAUAAACUAGUGGAGAGGGAGUGGGAACAGGACAUGCGAGACAGAAUGAGGGACUGGGACAUAGGCAUUCUCCCAGACCCCGCUACCUCAAACCACUACAUGCAGGACCAAUACUGGCCAGAGGACUUGACUGAGGACAGUCGGUGAGGAUAGUACUAGGCCAAGGGUAAUAAGUCAAAUGAUUAAAGUUGCCAAGCCUGGCAGUAUGGUUUAGUAAGUAACAAGUGUUUUUCUGACUGGUUAUUAUGACUGGUUAUUAACUCAACCAUCCAAGCUAGGAGGGGUUGUCUCUUCAGCCAUUUGGUAUAGCCUACAGCGUUCAGCCCGUCAGCCGCUGGGGACAACAGGUGUGUGUGUACGUACCCUUUAGCAGACGCUUUUAUCCGAAGCGACUUACACAAAAAUGUAAGCACUUGACUAUGAGUGGCCCUGGGAAUCGAACCCACAACCCUGGCAUUGCAAGCACCAUGCUGUACCAAACCAUACAGGACCAGUGGGUCAUCGCAACAAAGGUCUGGGGUACAGUCAAGUGGUUCAACGUCAAAAAAUGGGUAUGUUUUCAUUGAAUUUCAAAAUGAGUGGUCUAACAAUGCUCUACCUACGUAACUCCAGUCACAGCUGAAUUAAUUUUGCCGUGCGAAUUAAAAUGGACGCGCACGCGUCAACUUUUAUGCCCACAAAGGCACAACUUCUCCCAGUUUGAAUGUGGGCAACGGACAAGCAGGUGGUUGCACACCUUUUACCUUUCUGAAUUUAGCAUUCUAAAUGUUCCACAUCAGAACACAUACUUUGUCCCCAGUCUCGAAAGCCUUUUGUUUCCUAUCAUGGAAACAGUUUUUCCCCCCAGUCUUUAAUACUGAUUUCCUGACUCCCACUUGUUUUUUUACCCUCAAACUAUGUGGGACUGCAAGCCUUAACAAAUA